AUGAAUCCAUCAACCGCCUCCACGAGGCCAAAUGCGGUGGCAUGCACCACACACAUGUUUCACGUAGCGAAACCGUCCGUUCCGCCAAAAGGUCGCGGUGUUCGUCGGACGAAGGAGGCUAUUCCGACCAGAGCCGCGGCCGUAGUGGCACCUUUACGCCGUAGCGAGCUGGAGGAACGACUGCAGUACCUUCUACAGGCCGAAGAGGAACUGGCAUCCGCCGUUGGACCCAAUGAUGUAAUGCAAGUAUUAGAAGAGCUGCGACGACGUCGCCAGGACCGAAAGGCGGUUGCUCUCCCAAGAAAACGCCUGUCGGAGAGUUUACAUUUUAUUUGUCCACAUGUGGCGACUUUAGUGAGGGCAUGUGAGUCAACUUCUGAUGAGGCCGUGGUACAAAUAUUGCGUGAGUUUUAUCAAAGUCACUAUGCAACCGGUGGUAAUGAGAAGGGUCGGUCAUUGGUGUCUACGGCGCUUGCAGAGGUUUUACUGAAGCGAAGGGCAAACGAAAAUGAUAUUUCAGAGGCUCUUUCUAUGUUGGACGAUGCGGUAGCGAAUGGACAUACGGGGGCGAUGCUUCUUGUCGGUCUUUGUCUGCGUGAUGGGAUCGGGGUGCCCAAGGACUUGGAAGCGGCACUCGUGUGGGUUGAACGUUCCGCUGACGCUGGCUAUGCCCCUGCAAUGUUUGAACUUGGGGUGAUGUACGAAGAUGGCGUAGAGGAUUGUGGCGAGAGCACUUUGCCUGCUGACUGGGGUGAGGCGGCGGAAUGGUAUAAGGGGGCUGCAGAUCGUGGACACACAAUGGCCCAGUUGAAUUUAGGCAAACUCUUGUGGAAGGCAGCGGCACUGGCACGUGACGCCAAACCUGACAACUGCGACGAAAGUACUAUUGUAAAUCUUCAGACCAAAUCCCGCGCAUGGUUAGAAAUGGCGGCGUCUUCAGGAAGUGAAGAGGCCGUGCGGCUCCUUCGCCGUAGAUGA